AUGUACAGCUUCAUGGGCGGCGGCCUCUUCUGCGCCGGGGUGGGGACCCUCCUCCUGGUGGUGGCCACAGCCACGGACCACUGGAUGCAGUACCGGCUGUCGGGGGCCUUUGCGCACCAGGGCCUGUGGCGCUACUGCGUGGGCCACAAGUGCUACCUGCAGACGGAGAGCAUGGCAUCCUGGAAUGCCACCCGGGCCCUCAUGAUCCUGUCCGCCCUGUGCGCCGCCUCGGGCAUCGCCCUGGGCAUCCUGGCCUUCACCCAGCAGCCCGCCUUCGCCCGCCUCUCGAGACCCUUCUCCGCCAGCAGCAUGUUCUUCGCCGCCACCCUUUUCCUGCUGUUGGCCUUGGCCAUUUACACUGGGGUCGCCGUCAGCUUCCUUGGCCGCCGCUUCAGGGACUGGCGCUUUUCCUGGUCCUACAUCCUGGGCUGGGUGGCUCUGCUCAUGACCUUCUUCUCAGGCAUCUUCUACAUGUGCGCCUACCGCAUGCACGAGUGCCAGCGCCUGUCCACCCCGCGCUGA